UCGGUAAAGUAGGGCACAAGGUGCAUAGAUAAAAGGGGUUGGAGGCCUCGGAAGAAGGCCUCCAGUCAAUAGUCGCUGUACUUAUGUAGACCUAUUGUCCUUACGAAUACGAUACCCCUUUCCUGCCUCUUGACCUGGUUCCCUGGACUCCUGUGAGACCUUGGGCUUACACGUUACAAUUCUAUUGACUCUACCCAUAUCCAGCCUACUGGGUCAGGAUGGCAAGUUUGGAAAGACGGAUUACUCGAGCGACCUCGGGGGGAGCGACACCAGCCACCGAGGCCACCGAGGUAGCUCCAGGACCUACGACCCAAGAAAUCGACGACUUGGUGGCCGACCAAGGUGGGAAUAUGGCCUCGAAGCUGGCCGACCUUCAGAAGCGAGUGGAAGAAGAGAGGGCCUACUUCAACACAAUGAAGGAAGCCCUAGAAGUAUUCCGAGGAUCGCACGGUGACAAUUACAACGCCUACCCUGAGGCCCUACAGGACUUUGCAAGGAAGCAAGCCCAAAUUCAAGAAAAAAGUCGUCAUAAAAGUGUCUACUAUGAAGGAUACAAAAAAGAUGAAGGGGGAACCCCAAGACACAGAGGUUUCCUGCAUAAGGUUGACUUGACAGAGGAGGCAGGGGAUUAAACACAAAGGCUUUCUAAGUAAUACGUUACAGUAUUGUAAAGAAUACUAUAUUGAGUUGAGCACGAAGCUCCUAUCUACUUAUAUAGUGGCGUCGUGCCAAAGGGAU